AUGGUUACUCAAAAUCAAAAUAUUAAAUCAGUUAGAGUUAUUUGCAAUGAUAUUGCUUAUUUCAACAAUGGUGUCGGAAUUGCUCCAUUUAGAAAUAAUAAUAAUAACAAUAAUAACAAUAAUAACAAUAAUAAUAAUGCUAAUAAUAAUCAAAAUAGAAACCCCUCAUCAAGCGCCAACUCCUCCAUUGCUGAAAGAAACAAUAAAAAAAAUAGACUCGUCAGAAGUUUUUCAAAAUUAUUUAAUAGUACUCCUGUUAAAGCCGAUAAAGAUAAACUUGUUGUCUAUUGUUUUGUUCCAUUGUUUUAA